UUUCAAAAAAUUACUCUUAAACUCCUGUUUUUAUUUAGAAACCUGGUAAAAUCAAAAAAAAAUUUCCGUUUAGGGUAAAAUUUGCAAUGAUACCGGCGCGCUGUCUAACUACCUGCGAAGAUGAGGAGGAUGAGAACACCACUCGAGUAGCCAUGAUACUGGGCGGCGAUCAGCCGCCCGCAUGCGGUGAGAAGACGCUGCUGAUGGCUCCGAAAGUAAAGCUGAGUAGCGGCUAUGAUAUGCCCGUACUAGGCUUUGGCACCUACAAGAUGCGUGGCUAUCAGUGUUCCACGGCUAUUCACUGUGCCGUGGAGACGGGUUACCGGCACUUCGACACUGCCUUCUAUUAUGAGAACGAGAAGGAGAUUGGAGAGGCGCUGCGAACGCAAAUCCAAAUGGGGAAUGUGUCCAGAGAGAACAUUUUCCUGACCACCAAGCUGUGGAAUACACAUCAUGCUCCAGCUGAUGUCAUUCGCAUUUGCCAGAAGCAGCUGGAGACGUUGGGCUUUGACUAUGUUGAUCUAUAUUUGCUGCACUUUCCGGUCGCGUACAAACACAUGUGCGAUGAAAUAAUGAAGACCGAGACGGAUGGUGCGAUCGAAACGACCGACAUAGACUAUAUUGAUACCUGGCGUGCGAUGGAAGAACUGGUACGGAUGGGACUGGUGCGCAGCAUUGGUGUCUCCAAUUUCAAUAUGGAUCAGGUGCAACGAAUUAUACAGUGCAGCUCCUCAAAGCCGGUAGUGAAUCAGGUCGAAAUCUGGCCGGGCUUUAUGCAAAAGGAUCUGGUCGACUACUGUCGCUAUAAUGGGAUUGUUGUGCAAGCAUUUGCUCCAUUGGGGCAACCAGAUCGGGAGCUGCAUACGCCCAUCUACUUCUUUUCCGAGGGUAUGAAGCGUUUGGUCAAGAAAAAUAAGAGAACUGCUGCGCAGAUCGUUUUGCGAUACUUGAUCGACUAUGGCGUUGUGCCCAUCGUCAAGGCAGCCAACCCGCUGCACAUAACCCAGAAUCUGGAUAUAUUCGACUUUAAGCUGGAUGACACGGACACCCGGGCUUUGCGGGGCAUAAAGCAGAAACGACGCAUAGUCAAGUAUUUGCAGGUCAAGGAUCAUGAAUUCUAUCCGUUCGAGCUGGAAGAGGAGGACGAGCCCCCACCACCACCACCAGAACCAGAGCCACAGCAGCCGCCACCGCAGCAGAAACGUAAAACUAUAGAGCCCCAGGAACCGCCGCCACAACAAGAACCUGCCGAAGAGGGCGAAGUGUAGGCGGCUGAAGGAUUGGUGUAUGGAGUGGAUUCAUGUUUUGGGCGCAUACAAAAUUUUUAUUGUGUAGAUUUUGUUAGUUUCGAUAAAACUCUUUGCGAUUAGUUGCGCCAUAAAGCGAAAUGAUGCGUGAAAUAACAUUGUGUCAUUAAAUAUAGUAGACAUGAAGCGUCAAUGCUUCUAAUCGA